CUCAACCAGUCGAUCAUCGUCUAUAAACAUUGAUUCCUCAGAUAGUUGAAUUACAUUCCUAAUCGAAGUGCAGCCAUGGAAGCGUUCGAGGAGAAAAUGAAGGCAGAAGGCCUCAGUCAAGCGGCCAUCGAUGCGUUUCGAUUGAACUAUGAGCAGCUUGUUGCCGGAGUCACUGGACUGGUCCCUGAGAAAGAGAUCGAGGCCAUUGAGGAACUUCCGCGUCUUGCUGAUCUGAGAUCGAAAUCCGUCGGGGAUAUCAAGGGACUUCUGGCCAAGACAGCUGUCCUGAAGCUGAAUGGAGGCCUGGGAACCUCCAUGGGUCUUGCAAAGGCCAAGUCUUUGCUGGAGGUGAAGGACGGAAAGACAUUCUUGGACCUUAUAGCGGAUCAGAUCGAGUACACCCGCACCAAAUUCGGAUCCAAAGUCCGUUUCGUUCUUAUGAACAGCUUCUCCACCAGCGAUGACACAAAGGAGUACCUCAGCAAGUCGCAUGCCGACCUCAUCAAUGAGCCUGAUGUGGAGCUCGUGCAGAACAAGUCGCCCAAGGUCGAUGCAAAGACGCUGAAGCCGGCCACAUUCCCAGAGGAUCCCGAGCAGGAGUGGUGUCCACCCGGCCACGGUGAUAUCUACCCAUCCCUGUUGGGCUCUGGCAUGCUGGACCGCCUGGUGGAUGCUGGCAUUGAGUAUGUCUUUGUCUCCAACAGUGACAACCUGGGAGCCACCCUGGAUGUUGACCUGCUGGCCUACUUCGCAGAGACCAAAAAGUCCUUCAUCAUGGAGGUGGCCGAGAGGACGGCGGCUGACAAGAAGGGGGGCCACCUGGCACGGCGGCUGGCGGACGGGCGGCUGAUGCUGCGCGAGAGCGCCAUGUGCCCCGACGACGACAAGGCCGCCUUCGAGGACAUCUCCAAGCACAAAUUCUUCAACACCAACAACCUCUGGGUCAACCUGCCCAAGCUCAAGGCCAAGCUGGAGGCGAGCAACGGCGUGCUGCAGCUGCCGCUGAUAAAGAACAAGAAGACGGUGAACCCCCGCGACUCCAGCAGCCCGCCCGUAUUCCAGCUGGAAACCGCCAUGGGCUCGGCCAUCGAGUGCUUCGAUGACUCCGGCGCUGUUGUUGUGCCACGCGAGCGCUUCGCCCCCGUCAAGACCACCAAUGACCUCUUCUCCCUCCGCUCCGACGCCUUCAAGGCAAGCGCCUUGACCUGCUACUUUGCGCAGGGCCAGGGCACCGCGCACCAGUCUUCUUCUAAGAAUGUGACAGAGGCGCACACGGUGGUGUUGGCGGCGCCCAAGGGCCCGCUGGUGAAGCUGGACGACAAGCACUACAAGCUAGUGGACAAGAUGGAUGCGCUCACCGACGCCGUUCCCUCCCUCGUCCACGCCACCUCCCUCACAGUCAGGGGCCCCGUGCGCUUUGUGAAGGGCACCAGCAUCGCGGGAGACGUCCUCAUCUCCAACGAAUCAUCGGAGCCGGUGACGCUGCCGCCGCAGGCCUACAAGGACAGCGUCACAGAUCUGACGCCAGCCAAGGUCCCCGCAACAGCUUGAGGGCCGCUGCUGAUCACCCAAGGAUCUUCACUAGAGAUGCUGUCGUGACGAGGCACUGGAGUCCUGAGAGAGGUCGUGUUGUUCUGAUUCUGGCACUGUCAGGCUUGACAGCAAAGGUGCCGUGGAUUCGAGAAGUGUUAUCCCCUCAGUUGGCAAAGCACAUAUAUACUCCACACUCUGGCACUCCAAGGUAUUUGUGCAUGGCCAUGACGAUGCUGCCGGACAGUGUCUGAGCGGCCACAUACAUUGAAGUAGCAGGAUGCAUCCACUGGAUCAUGAUGGCAUAUGGCAUAUGGCAGAUGCACCGUUCUGCCCUAGGGCCUCGCACCCAUGGCCAUCCUCAACUUUGCUGCAUAUUCUUGCAAUAUCAUGAACUUGCAGGAUUCUGAUCAGCUCCAGCCUGAUCAGCAUGCAUGUGAGUCCAGGCAUGACCCAUGAACUCGAUGGCGUUUCUAUCCUAGCGGAUAUCAUCGAGCUAGCAACUUGCGCUUGAAGCAAUUGCGCAGCACGCCGCCGCCAUGGCCUGUAUUGGCAUUAGAACGGUGUAAUGACAAUUAUCCUGC